AUGAGUCAUUUAAUUGUGAGAUAUGGAAAUUCAACAGCACAAUGUGAUCUGGUUGCGUUUGGUACAGGUGAGGUGGUUGUUGGUGAUUGGAUCAGACAGUUGUGGUCGCUGGCAGUGGUGGAGCUACUAGACGGCGUAGACUGGCUACUGCUACUGUGGACACUAUUGGAUUGGUGCGAUCGGGCUAUUAGAAAAGAAAGAGGGUUGCUGGCAGCGACUAUUGCAACUGCUGUGGAAGCUAAGGGUUAUUGCAGUUGUUGGUCGGCAUGGAUCAAGUGGUUAGACGGAGUUUGGCAUGGUUGGAAUAGCUAUGGCAUGAUCGAUGGGCGUGGCUGCUGUUGGCAAUGGGAUUGUCGGUUGUUGGCAGUAGGAUCGUCGAUGAUAAGGGGAGAUCGACUGGUGGUUGUCGUUGGGCUACUGCAACUUUGGGUGGAGCAAAUGAUCGCAGUCGUUGCUGCAAACAGUGGAAAGGGGCUGCGUGCAGCAUUGAAUGGCAAUGAGGAGCUACGAACAGUCGGCUGA